GCGGCGGGAGCGCGGGGUUUGAUGGGAAGGAGUUGGCCGGGCCCAUCGCUCUGUCAGUGGCGGCUGCUGCCUGGACCGGAGGUGGUCUGCGCGGUGGCGGCCGAAGCUGGCAGCGGUGGACGCCAGCGCCGGGCUUUGCCCGCUUCUUGAAGCUGUGAAUUCCUUUGGACAGUUGAUGGUAUUUAUCGUUGUGCCCAGUUUCUACAAAUAAAAAAUGGGUGGAUUAUUUUCUCGAUGGAGGACAAAACCUUCGACUGUAGAAGUUCUGGAAAAUAUAGAUAAGGAAAUUCAAGCAUUGGAAGAAUUUAGGGAAAAAAAUCAGAGAUUACAGAAAUUAUGGGUCGGAAGAUUAAUUCUCUAUUCUUCAAUUCUCUAUCUGUUCACAUGUUUAAUUGUAUACUUAUGGUAUCUUCCUGAUGAAUUUACAGCAAGACUUGCCAUGACACUCCCAUUUUUUGCUUUCCCAUUGAUCAUCUGGAGCAUAAGAACAGUGCUUAUUUUCUUCUUUUCCAAGAGAACAGAAAGAAAUAAUGAAGCAUUGGAUGAUUUAAAAUCACAGAAGAAAAAAAUAUUUUGUUUGCAGCUUGAAGAGGUCAUGGAAAAAGAAACAUACAAAACGGCUAAAUUAAUUCUUGAAAGGUUUGAUCCAGACUCAAAGAAAGCAAAGGAGUUUGAGCCGCCAUCUGCUGGAGCAACUGUAACUGCAAGACCUGGACAAGAGAUUCGUCAGCGAACUGCAGCUCAAAGAAACCUUUCUCCAGCACCAGCAAGCUCUAGCCAGGGCCCUCCUCCGCUAGUUCCAGUGUCUCCUGGACCACCAAAGGACACUUCAGCCCCUGGUGGACCCCCAGAAAGAACUGUUACUCCAGCCCUAUCUUCAAAUGUGUUACCAAGACGUCUUGGAUCUCCUGCUACUUCAGUGCCUGGAAUGGGUCUUCAUCCUCCAGGCCCACCUUUAGCAAGACCCAUUCUGCCCCGAGAACGAGGUGCUCUGGAUAGAAUUGUUGAAUAUUUAGUUGGUGAUGGUCCACAAAACAGGUAUGCCCUUAUAUGUCAGCAAUGUUUUUCUCACAAUGGCAUGGCUUUGAAAGAAGAAUUUGAAUACAUUGCUUUUCGUUGUGCCUACUGUUUUUUCUUGAAUCCUGCAAGAAAGACCAGGCCCCAGGCUCCAAGACUUCCAGAGUUUAGUUUUGAGAAGAGGCAGGCAGUGGAAGGUUCAAGUUCAGUUGGUUCCUUGCCCUCAGAAAGUGUGAUUUCAUCAGAGAACCAGAUCAGUGAAGAAUCUUUAGAAGAACACGAUGUUCUUGAUAACAGUACAGAGCAGACAGAUGAUAAAACACCAGAUACAGAGCAGACCAAAGAAGUGAUUGAACAAGCACCUGGCACAGAGGAACCAGAGGAGAAGCAAGAAGAGACUGAGAAGGAGGAAACCUCAAUGAGUGAAGCCAAAUCAGCAGUUCCCAGAGCUGAUGCUAUUCCUAAUCCUGAACUAAGUGGAGAACCUUUGACAGUGUAGUAAAUGCUUCCACGUGCCUUCAACUGGAUAUCUGUAGUCUUGUUGAUGCCAGUUAUUGCUUUUUUAGGUGCUGCUUUUUUUUCCCCCCUCAAAAGACAUGCUCGAUAUCAUUUGAAUUUAGAUUGCCUAGUUAUUUCAGUAUGUCGAAGUUAUGUCUACAGGGUACUAAAAUUAAAAGCAAGUGGUGUCAGUAAAGUAAGAUCCUUCUGAAUGUACAAAAACUGACACUGUUUAGACAGCUUUUAGGUUUUUUUUCAUUCUAACAUUAAACAAAUAUGAUAGGAGUUUUAUUUUCUAGUUGUGACCUGUAAAUACUAUCCAUUUUGACAUAGGAAGAACUUUUAGUUAGGAAUAAGUUCUAAAAGUGUUUGUUUUAAGGAAUGAAACUCAAUUAAGAUUUUUUAAUACUUCAUAAUUAAAAUGGAUAGAAUUUUAACUCUUGAGAUAUUUGCCAGGGGGUGAAAUGUCUAUUUAGGCAUUUACAUUAAGAGGUAUGAAAGUUAUUGCAGUAACAAUAUAGGCAUGGACAUGAAUCCUCAUUAAGAAUAAAGUUGAACAGUCAAGUGCAGUGUUACUUUUGGAUGUUUCUUAUUUUGCAGCUGGGCCAGAGGUACCUGAUGUAUAUAAUUAGCUUAUGUUUACAUAUUAACAUAUAGGAAAUAUCUCUGCACUUGACUGUACUUGCAUUUUGAAUGUUAUUUAUAUUUGUAAAAUAAUGAUAUUAUAAGUGAAUUUGUGCUCUUGUGUGUAUUUUGUUAAGGAAAAUAAAGAUAUCUGGCAGCAGUUUCUUUUUGUUAAAUAUCAAGCCUCCUUCAGACAACAUCUUGGGUGGAUGCUUGGCUACCUGAAAAGUCUUAGUAGGAAGAGCUCACCAUUCAAUAAGCCUAUACACUCUACUGAGAUCAAAUUAUGAUCUUUUUAUUUAGAUUUGUUGCCUUUCAAAUUCAGAGAAAUAGUGACAUUUAGAGGUUCUAAUUAGAGAUUAGAUUUUUCUGAUUCAAGAAAAACUUAGGCCAUUUGUAGUUUUUUAUUUCGAGAGACAUAGUUUUGUGAGAAUAAGCAGUUAGUUACUGGUUGUUCAUUGAAUUUAAUUUGUAUUAAGGAUUAACUGGGAAAUUUUUUUGACCCAGAAUGAUAAUUCUUGGACGUUAAGUACACUGUUACCUUUUCUAUCUUCCUUUUAUCUCUCUUCUCUAUUAUUAAAAAGAAAAUUGUAAUCAAGUUAUUAUGCCAGAGGGACAAUACCAUUUGUUAUCAUUUAAAAAUUCUUCUUUAUGCUUUAAUAUCUUAUAUCUGAUAGAUAUUUUUAAGGAGCCCAGUCUGUUAAUGGUCUUAGGCGUAAUGGUAUAGCGACCAGAGUUUUCAAGAUUACCGAACUGGGCUUAAAUUCCAGCUCUGCGGUCUUGAGCAAGUCACCUGACCUCUCUGAGACUAUUUUCUUCAUCUGUAAAAUUGGAAGAAUCACACCUACUUUUGUGGGUAUGGGUAAAAUUAAAAAUAACUUAUGUAGUGUGAUUAGCUCAUUGCCUGAUAAUUAAUAGAUAAACGGUAAAUGGUAGCAUUUUAUACUAUUAAUAUCUUUGUGAAAUAUGAAAGGGCUGUAUAUCCUUCCUCUUGCAGGUAAGGAAAUGAAAAAACAAUAUGAACAUAUAAUUCAGCUGUUCAGAAUCAAGCCAAAGUUUUCUUCAUCAACUUUUCUUUAUCAUAUACAUGUAUAUAAAUGCAUGAAUUAAGGAAAUAGGAAGCUGAAACUAUGGAAUAUAAUCCUACUGAAUAUAGUAUUUUUUUAUGAAGCCUGAUAUCAGGGUUUUUGUGCAUUAUUGGACCAUACUAUUUUAGGAACACCUUGCUGAGUUUUCUUAUUAAAAAACAUUCAAAGUCAGAUGUACAUCAGUGGAAAAUUAGGAAUACCUCAGAGAAAUAUAAUUUGUUGAUAAAAUCAAGCAUAUAUUAUGAGAAAUAUCUUUGAAAGAAAUACAGAAGAUGGUUAAAAGGAGAAUUAGUAAAAUUAAUGCAACAGGUAACAUGCUGUAAUCAUAAAGUACCCUUUAAAAUAGAAAGCUUUAUUCUGAUAUUGUAAUAAACAGCUAAUGGUUGAAAGAAUUGUAAAAUGUCCUAUUUCUGAUUAAGACUAGUAUAAGUGAGAAAAAGCAAACUUAAUGCUAAGGGCUAUUAGCUAGAGAGAUCUUAAUUUCCCUACUUACUAAUAUUCAACAGGUCAUUAUCUAAAUUUUCUCGCUAUACCCUUAGCAUAAUCUACAGACAAGGUCUGGCUUCUCUCUCCAUCCCUCUUCCACAUAGCCUCAGGGCCUCUGAAUUCUCUGACUGUCUUAUUUACCCCUGUAUCUCCAGGGCCUAGCACAGUGCUCCACACAUAUUUAUUACAUGAAUGAAUAACUUUGUUGCUAAAUGCAGUGAAAACUGUCAGUUUUAACUUAUUCCACUGUCCGACAGUAUUGAGUAGUCCCUUUAGUUUGAAACAGUUUUUUUUCUUUUAGCUUUUGAGUUCUCACACUACUGUUCUCUUGCUCCUGUGGCCAAUCUCUGUCAUUUUCAGACUUCUCUUCCCCUGCCCAUCCUUUAAAUGUUGGUGUUCCAUAGCUUCUACUAUGUCAGCAUUUCUUCCCUCCAUGUAUUCUCUCUAGGGCUCUCAUCAACCCCCCUGGAUUUAAUUACCAUCUAUCUCUCUGAUUGUCGGAUCGCUACUGAUCUCUUUCCUUCACUUCAGAGUGAUAUUUCACCUACCUGCUGGAAUGUCUGUCCCAAUCAGUUUAUUUUAAAAUGAACACUAUUUUCUGCUUCAAACAUCCAGAACUUUCAAACUUUCUGUGUUUCUAAUCUCAUCAAAUAGUGCUACUAUUCAAGCCAGAAACUAUAGUAGAGUCUAUCCACUCAUCCCUUUCCCCUUUUUCUGUCUUAACUGUCAGUUUCCAUCUCCUAAACAUCUUCCAGUUAUACUCUCAUUUCUCCAUCCCACUAACGUUAAUGGUAAUAAACAUUUGCAUUCUUUCUCUGUGCCAGGCAAUAUGCUAACUGUUGUAUGAGUAUUAUUUUAUUUGUUCUUUGGCAACAGCCCUGUGAGGAAUUUUUUUUCUCUGGAGUAUAGAUGAGAAAACAGGUGUAGUGAGUAAGCAACUUGGCAAAUGAAAAAGCUGGGAUUUGAAUACAGGCAAAUGACUUCAGAAAUCUUGCUCUUAGUUACUUUUGUACUGCCUUCUAAUUCAGGCCUGUAUCAUCUCAAAUUUGUCUCUUAACUGAUUUCUUUGUCUCCAGUCUUGCCCAUGGCUGUUUAUUCUGUGCAUUGUAGCCUGAAAGAGUUUUUACAAUUGGAAAACAAAUCGUGUCAUGCUGUUACUUAAACCCUUUGAUCAUUACUCACUGUUCUUGGAAUAAAGUCCAAACUUACCCUUA